AUGGAUGUCGACUACAACGAAGAUGAAGGAGAUGUCAUACUUGCUCAAAUCGCACAAGAACAAGAGCUGGAAUGGCAAGCACGUCAACAUCAGCAGCUUGACGACGAUCAACAAGAGGACGACUAUUAUAACAGUCAAAGUGAUCAAGAUCACGACGACUUCCAAAGCCAACCAAAUCAUGAAGAAGAAGACGAUGAUGACGAUCUUGAUAUGCAAGAUCAAAAGAAACUAUUGUUGAUGUCACCUUCAAAACUCAAUGAUGAAACUGUAAAUGCUAGUGGUAUGAAUAGGUAUGGCGAAAAGGCUGGAAUGGAAAACAUUGACAAGGCCAAGAUUAAUAAGAUUAUGGAAGAAGCUUCAAAGGGAUCAAAAUUCAACAAUCGACAAGUCAAGAAGGACGAAGAAUUAUCUCUCAAAGUUCAAAACAUUGUCGCUAAAGCCAAACACAUUGAAUCAUUGGAUCUGACAGUUGAAACGGCCGUAUUAGCUGAUCGAGUCAAGGAUCUCGAGCUUAUUCGAGACUUGUCGCAGACCUUUUGUCAUGUCGACAUGGACGCUUUCUAUGCUAGUGUCGAGGAACUUGAUCAACCUGAGCUCAAGGAUAAGCCUAUGGCAGUCGGUGGUCUUAGUAUGAUUACCACGGCAAACUACCUCGCAAGAAAGUUUGGCGUACGAUCAGCUAUGCCUGGUUACAUAGCUAAGAAGUUAUGUCCUGAGCUCGUCUUUGUACCACCCGAUUUUGAGAAGUAUACGAAAGCUGCUCGCACGAUUCGGAAAGUAAUUGCUCGAUACGAUCCGAAUUUUGUAUCCGGCUCGCUGGACGAAGCGUAUCUCAACUUGACUGACUACAUGCGCAAGCACCCGAAUCAAACAGCUGAAGAAAUCGUAGCUGAGAUGAGACAAGGAAUCUUUGAUUCAACUCAACUCACUGCAUCAGCUGGUAUAGCAGCAAACACUAUGAUUGCUAAAAUUGCUACCGAUUUCAACAAACCCAAUGGCCAGCAUCUGGUUGAGAGUACACGAGAAGCCAUCCUGGAGUUUCUUGAAAAUCUGCCAUGUCGAAAAGUCCCAGGAAUAGGAAGAGUCACUGAGCAUGAAUUGAAGGCUUUAGAUAUUCAUACUGUUGGGCAAUUGAGAGAGAAUCUCAUCAAGAUAUUCAUGAUUUGGACUCCGAAAGCGUUGCAAUACCUUAUAGAAGUUGCGCAUGGUAUAGGAUCUACUCAUCUCAAUCCCACGUGGAAUCGAAAGUCUAUCAGUGUUGAAAGGACUUUCAGAGACAUGUCAGAUCAUGACGCGAUGUAUCUGAAAUUACAAGAAUUGUCUGCCAAGUUAUCUCAAGACAUGUUAAAGGAGAAGUUGAAGGGACAAGUUGUCACACUCCGUCUUAAAUCAUCCACCUUUGAAUACUGGACUCGUCAAAAAGCAUCGCCAAGUGCUAUAUACUCGGCCAAAGACAUUUAUGAAUGUGCAAAGUGGCUCCUUGCCAAAGAAUUGACGGAAGUCAAGAAUCUCAAAAUCAGGUUGAUGGGUGUCUGUAUGGCCAAAUUGUCAUCUCGAGUUGUAACUGGGGCUGGUAUUGGCAAAUUUCUGAUCAAGGAUGAUGGGCAAUCUGCUAUUGGAAGCAUCUCUCCUCAAAAGCGGCCACGUUCUGAUAUUAGAUCUGAUGAUUCAGAACAAUCAGCAGUUGAUUCUGAUGGGGAAGGAGGAGAAUCUCGAAAGAAGGCGCGAGUACUUGAUCCAAAAAGUGCAUCGUACGGUCCUGGCUCUAGUUUUGCACGAACAAAUAGACCUCGAGUAUCAUCAGAAGAACCAUCUCCUUUAAACAGUGAUGCGCAAGAAGGUAUCGCUCAAGAAUCAUCUGCAUCUGUGCUCAUUGCAGCUUCGAAGCUAGCUAUUUGCCCAGUCUGCGAGCAAAGGAUUGCUGGUGUUGCUAUGGAUGAUGAGCGAGGUAUCAUUGCUCAUGUUGACGUCUGCUUGAAUAAAAAAGCCAUUCAAGAUAUUGGUAAAGCAGCUAGUAAUAAUACUCGAGCAGCUACACCACCACCAAAAUCAAAAGGAGCAAAGUCAAACAAGUCUGCGAAAUUAUUCAGCAACAAUCACAAGAAGGGUGGUAGUAGUAAGACCUCCAGAGAACCACAAUCAUCAAAAGAAGCAAAGUCGACCAGCAGCGAUGGCAACAAGCUUAGAAAUCCAUUUGAAUCGAAUCCUCCCUGUACUAGCUUAACUAGCAGUAAUAGUACAAGUCACAUCAUCACGAAUCCAUAUCAGUGUCCCAUGUGCAUGAAGGACACAAAUAUCUCGGUGGAUGAUUUGGCCAGCGUUAAUGCGCAUUUGGACUCACAUUUGUAA